AUGAUUAUAAUAUUUGUAAUUAGUAAAUCCUAUUUGGUACUGUUUGGUGAUUUUUAUGAAUAUUUGCAAUUUAAAAAGUCACUACCCGAAAUUAUUGAUGCUUUAACAGAGAUAACUAACUGGGAAGAUUUAUCAUCAUCUUCCAAAGCAAAAACACUUUUAUGCUCGAUAAGUAACUGUGAGUUUGUUAUUUCAAUAUAUUAUUUAUCAUCUGUACUCUCAGUUACAUUCCAUGCUAGUAAAUUAUUACAAGGAAUAAACCAUGAUAUAUUAUCAGCUAGUAAUGUUAUAGAUGAUAUAGUGUCUGUACUUAAAAACAAUCGCCUAAACUGUAAUACAACGUUUCAAAUCAUUUAUAAUGAAUGCAAAAUGUUGAUGGAUGAAUUGGACAUUCAUUUGAAAAUGCCUAGGGUGUCAGCUCAUCAAAAAAAUAGAUCAAAUCCGAAUAACAUAAAUAAUUGUGAAGACUAUAUCAGAAUUACAAUUUUCAUUCCGCUCCUAGACUGGGUAAUAACUGACUUAGAAAAAAGAUUUUAUGGCCAAGAAAAUUAA